CAUACAAUAUAAAUCAUCAGCUUCUUUAGCCAAUAAUUAAACUUUUAAUCCUAAAACCAUUUGACUAUUCAAGAUCAUUAUGGGUGUUACAACUUUUACCCAAGAGUUUCAAUCCCCUAUAGCACCAAUUCGUUUGUUCAAAGCUUUAAUUGUGGAUUCAAAAUCUCUUAUACCAAAACUAUUGCCUCAAUUUGUUGAGAGUGUUGAUUUGUUACAAGGAGAUGGUGGAGCUGGAAGUAUUGAACAAGUGAACUUCACAAAAGGUAGUCCAUUUGAGUUUGUGAAACAUAGAAUAGAUGAACUAGACAAAGAAAACAUGGUGUGCAAAUACACAAUGAUUGAAGGGGAUACAUUGGGAGAAAAGCUUGAUUCUAUUUCUUAUGAGAUUAAAUUUGAAGAGUCCAAUGAAGGCUGCAUUUGCAAGAUGACAACUAAUUAUCAUGGAAUUGGUGAAUUUGUUGUCAAAGAAGAAGAUAUUAAAGCUGGCAAAGAAAGUGCUACUGGCAUAUAUAAAAAAGUUGAAGCACACCUCAUUCAAAAUCCAAAUCUUUAUGCUUAAAUUUGCCUUGUGUUAAAAUGAAGAUUGAAGCCUAUGGUUUUGUUUUCUUCUUUAAUAAGUUUUUAAUCACUUCACCCAUGGUAUAAUAAGAGACAUUUAUUUGUUGUUAAAGAUAUGUAGCAGACCAAUCAUGAUAUAACAAAUUGCAUUCAAUUGAUGUAAUUAGUUAAAUGUUUAUGUUGGGAUAAAUUCAGCCCA